AUGAGCUGGAAGAAACCAUUUAGACGACCCGUAACGGCCUUGCUAGUGGUUUUUAUAUCACUAGCUUGGACCAAACGCGACUUGAUCCUGAGCAACCUGCUCGGUCAGGUGCAACCCCAAGAGACGACCAAAUAUGCUGGUCAUGGAAACUACAAUAACGAGGCCUGUUACACAUACACCAUUGGCAAAGCUUGUGAGGACGUCAAGAUACAUGCUCCGUCAAAUACGGCCUUCUUAGGAGCUUGCGGGAGUCCGGAAGAUCGAUUGCAAUACUAUCCUGGCGCUGGCCUCGUCGGAGCCCCUCCGGACAGAUACUAUAUGGAGUAUCUGGUAAAGCAUGAGUUCCGAACCAAUGUCAGCACUCGACUAGAGAUCGAAAAUUGGAAUGCCACUCGCGAUCUUGUUUUACAUGGCUUGGAUAUCUGGCAACCAGUCGGCGAUGAUUCCAUGAUUUACAUCCAUGCAGUCAACCACGAUCGCGAGGGAGAUAGCGUUGUUGUGUUCUCACACCUUCUGGGUACCAACAAGGUGCGAGUCGUUGAUGAAUAUCUGCAUCCAUUGAUCAAAACGGCCAACGAGGUUGCUGCGACAGGUCCUAGGUCCUUUUUCGUCUCAAACGACCAUUACUUUGCCAGAGGGAUAGGCCGGUACCUGGAAAAUCGAUUUGGUCCUUUUAAAUGGGCGUCUUCAAUCGUCUUCUGUGCGGAUAAUCACGGAGACUUUGAUUGCCAGAGGGUCUCGCCCAAAAAUUCUCAUCCCUACGCCAAUGGGAUUCUCCUUCUUGACCAAGGGAAAACUCUAGCAGUUGCUGAUGUGGUUUAUGGAAGCAUCACAUUCUAUGAUGUCCAACUGGAGUCCGGAAAGCUCACAAGGAGCCAUGUUGUUGAGUUGGGCGCUACCCCUGAUAACAUGUCCGAGUUGAGCGAUAACGGCGACAUCAUUGUCGCAGUUUCGCCCAAUUUGUCCAGCGUAUAUGCCCGUGCAUUCGGUGACGACCCUCUAGACUCGAGCAAGCUUGUCGAGGCAGCAGUCGUCCGCCUAGUGAAAGCAGACAACUACGCUACAGAGGUUCUCUACUGGGACGAUGGAUCAUUGAUCAGUAUCAUCACAGCCGGUGCCGUCGACGCAAAGCAUGGAAAACUCAUUGCUAGUGGAGUUUGGGAAAGACACUUCAUCGUGUGUGAUGUUCUUCUUUAG